ACGAGAAAAAAAUUCUUAUUCGACUACUCAAAUGAAAUAUUUCUCUUAUGACCAUGUUAUCGUUCUAAUUGACCUAUAAGAAAAAUAUACGUGCUAAAAUGAUAUUCGAAAAUUAAAAGAAAAGAAAUGAUCUCAAAGUGUCUAAGUACUCCCAAAAAUGAUAAGAUUAGUCUCAUUUCUUUUCGAUUACAAAUUAUGACAAAACGAUCUUAGAAAAACAAAACUUAUUAACAUUAAAUCAACAAAAUUCGAACGGAUCGAAAUUCAGUUCACUACAGUUGCACAUAAUAUUUUGGCUUCAAGGGGGAAAAAGCAGACUUCUGUACUUCAGAAGUACAAAAGUACUGAGAAGUACUGAAAAGUACGAAGAAGUACAAAGAAGUACAGAAAAGUACAAGAAAGUACAGAAAAGUACAAAGAAGUACAGAAGUCCACUUUUCCCCCCUUGUUUGGCUCUCAUUCUCUAGGUAUUCCAAUCAUAGUUUUUUAAGCUCCAUUCUUAAAAAAAGUUUUGUAAAAAAAAAAAGUUGAACUUUAUGUGUAUUUUAACAUGUCUCAGGACUUCUGAUGGAUAUUGUAUUUUAUUAAUUGGUAUUUACAAUAAAAUAUUUCCUUGUAUAUCUCAUCAAAUAAUAAGAAACCUCAAUAGAUAUGUUAAAGUUCAAACUAACAAUCAAUUCAAUUUAUUUUUAUUUGUCAACGUUUAAGUAUAAUGUAGGUAAUUUUAUAUCAAAUUAUAAUGUUUUUAUUUAAGAUUAUAUUAAUUAGAGAUCAAAAAUAGUUGGUAAACAAUCACUUAACAAAAGUUUAAUUAAAAAUGGCACUGUAACAAAAAUAGUAAUACGUUUAAUACAAUUUCGUCUGACAAAUGAAUUAGUUCAUCAUAUUCAUGUUCAUCAUACAACAGAGUAUAAUUAUUAUCAUCAUCAUUAUCAAACAUCUACAGAAUCACCAACAAUAUGA